GACCACCACCACUGCAUACACUGGCACGCUCGGUCGCAGUCAACACGUAUCACUGUCCCACACGAGUCGUCGAGGAGAUCGCGUAGUGUUUCCGCGGCGCAAGCGUUGCAUUGUGUUCUCCUGCACGUAUAAACUAUACCUGCUCUCUGAGCGUGACGCUCGCGCUGCAUCGUCGUCCGUCAGACGCCGCGCUAGACCGCAACUCAAUACUCAUCGCCAGACGCAACAAUGGUCCCUCUCCGUGUAGUCGUGUGCUUCGCCCUGCUCGCGGCCGCAGCCGCAACCAACGUCAACCAAUGUCCAGGCAUGGACAUUCCAGACUUGAGUGAAAACGUUCAGCUGUCACCCUGCACCAAACCUCCCUGUCGGCUCAAAAAAGGAACCAAUCAGUCCAUCACCAUUAAGUUCACGCCAGGCAAAGACCUCAAUGACGUCAAGAACGGCGUGUCCGCGGACAUCGGAGGAGGUCUGUUGGUGCCGUUCUUAGGAGUGGACGGAAACUCCAUCUGUGACAAAGUGUUCACAGAGAAUGGUGACAAAGCCAGCUGCCCUCUGAAAUCAGGGACUACAUAUCUAUAUAAAGACAGCUUCCCUAUCUACGCCAUCUACCCUUCAAUAAAAGUCAAGGUACACUGGGAACUGAAAGACGACAGUGGCGACAUCACCUGUUUCGAAGUUCCCGCACGAAUUGUGUAAAUUCCAUAAUACAAA